GCUGGUCCGGAAGUGACGCGAGGCUCCGGCUGUAGGCUGGACGCCGCAUUCUCUCAGGGCCGCUCCCCGAGUCACCGCCGAGCAGCAUGGCUCUGCAACUUCUGCUCCUCCUCGUCUUGCAGGCCGAGAGCUGGGCUGAGAUGAGCCCCGCGGAUCUGGAACUGCCUUCGGUGCCAGUACCAACCAAUAUUAACAUUAAGGCCUAUAACUUUAAUACUGUCCUAUAUUGGGACUACCCAACCAUGCCACAGACCCCUGUUUUUACUGUACAGGUAAAGACCUAUGGGGAAGCAAUAUGGAUUGAUGCCUGCAAUACCUCUCAGCACUUUUGUAAUAUCUUUUCCGUAAUUAAUGAUCCAUCACUUUCUCUCUGGGCCAGAAUUAAAGCUAGGCUUGGACAAAAAGAAUCAGCCUAUGUAGAGUCAAAAGAAUUUAUUCUGUGUAAACAAGGGAACAUUGGACCACCUGCAGUGGGUAUCAGAAAGAGGGAAAACCAAAUCAUCAUUGACAUAUUUCACCCUUUAGUUAAUAUAAGUGAAAGAGAGCCAGUACCCAUAUAUGAUGAAAAUCUUUGUCACAUGUUUACGUACACUGUGUAUUUAAGAAUAAAUGGAAGUAAGAUUCCGUAUCCGAUGUCAGUAGAGAAUGAAGAUGAUUGCAAUGAGACUCAGUGCCACCUCAUUAUCCCAGGUUCCUCUCUGAGUUCGGACUACUGUAUUUCAGCAGAAGGGUUCUCAAAAGAUUGGUCUGUUAAAACUGAGAUGUCUGAUGAACUUUGUAUUACCACUUCUGAUGAUAACCACAUAGAAGAUUCUGUUUGGGUUCCAGUUGUUACCAUUCUGCUUUUUCUAGUACUUAUUCUGGCAUUUGUAUAUUGUUACACUAAGAAGAUGAAUCCAUGUAAGAAGGAAAGCAUCAUGUUACCCAAGUCCUUGCUGUCUGUGGUAAAAAAUGCCUCUUCAGAGGCAAGGUCUGAACCAAAAUGUGUAUCACCCAUCACCUACCAGCCAAUUGUCCCAGAAAAUGAGAAGAUGGUCUGGGAAGACCAGUUGUCUCCAGCCACAAUUGUAAGUAUGCCCACUGAAGACAGCCUAGGAAAAACAGAACACCGAGAAGAUGUUUCCAGUGAAAUCGAAGUGGUCACUGCUGAAGAAAAUAAUCCUGACACAGCUCCUGGUAGCCCUCUGACCCCAGGAAUGGGAGAGAGUUCUGUCCAUUCAAAUAGUAACCAGUCUGAACCCUGUGUCGUCGCCUUAAACUCCUAUCACUCCAGAAAUGGUUCCGAUAGUGGCGUUGUGGAAUCCGACAGCUUCUUAUCUGACUCAGAAUUUCCCCCAAAUAAUAAAACUGAAAUAAAGACUGAAGGACAGGAGUCCGUAGUGCUGAGAAACACUACCACCUCCUUUGGUUACGAUAAGCCGCAUGUGUUAGUGGAUCUGCUUGUGGAUGAAGGUGGUAAGGAGUCCUUGAUUGGUUAUAGACCGACGGCAGAUUCCAAAGAGUUUUCCUAAUCAACGAAGAUGUGCCAACUUUGAAGGAUCGGCUUUUCCCAUACAGGUUUUCCGCUUUGAUUUCCUGAAAGAUCACCUUUCAGAAAUUUUAUCUUUAUCAAUAUUGACCAAAGAAGAAUAUCUGGGUUUACAUAAAGUGCCAAGAGCCUCUUUGGCACUGUUAUAUUUGGUCUGAAAACUGCAGAGGCUUUGGAAAAA